AUGGCGCUUCUAGUUCGCGCCUGGUUUCUUGGUUCUGUCAAUUAUUUACCCGUACUUGAACUGCAAAAGUCUCUAGUUCAAGUCAAUAAACGGCCCCACAACUUGUCUCCGUCACACACUAUUUUGUUAGUUCAACACGAGCCUGUUUACACAGUUGGAAUCAGGCACAAUAUGUACGAUUCGCAGCAAACAGAACACCUGAAAAACAGUGGCGCACAUUUCAUAAAGUACGUUUUCACAAACCGCGGUGGUCUCAUCACAUAUCACGGCCCCGGACAACUAACUGCAUACCCUAUUAUCCACCUAAGAAGUCGUCACCUAGCUGGAAACGGCCUCAGAUGGUACGUUGGUGCCCUCGAACAAGCAGGCCAUGAAGUCUGUCGCAAGAACUUCUCUAUCUCCACUGCCUCCAAGGGUAGCGUCCUCUUUCCGGAGAACACAGGAGCUACCGGGGUAUGGCUCGAUCGUCAGCAUAAGAUCAUGUCCAUAGGCAUUCACCGAUCAGGGGAGGUGACCUAUCACGGAGUCGGUCUGAACUGCACCAACGAACCUCUCAGAUGGUUUGAUCAGAUCACGCCCUGUGGACUAGUCGGCUGCAAGAUGGCCUCGAUUGAGUCGGCCACGAACAGCCACGUAACACCUGAGACGGUAGCACCCGUGCUCGCAAAGGCACUCUAUACUAAUCUAUUUCGACAAACGGAUGCACCAUCGCCAAUCAGGUUCACCUUCUCGAAGUUACCCCGCCUGAAGGGUUCAUCCGGUUGGGAGACACUGAGAAGCUUCAUCCUACAUGACGCAGACUUACGGUCUCGAAACGCCUCCCCCAUCCGCAUGAAUCUCUCCGAAGCACUUUUACACAUGCGAACGCUUUACCGAUCAAAAGUCCCUUCAGUUUAA